AUGGCCAGAAGUAUCCGUGCUAGUGUUGGCAAGCGCAACCGUGCCACUUUGCGCAAAAAGGUGUUUGGUCCCGUUGUUGACGCCCGCACUGAACGACUUGCCGCCAAACUUCAAGAACUUGCAUCGCAACCUCGUCCCAAGGCCCCUGAAGUGAAAUCCGAUAAGACUGGUAUGUCAAUGGCUUCGUACGAGGACGACCAAAGCUCAGAUGCCAAGGCAGCAGCUUUGACUGAUGAAGCUAUGGAUGUCGACACCAAACCCUCCAAGAGCCGAUCUCGCAAAUCCGGACGGGUGCAGAAAACCAAGAAGCCCCGCAACAACAUCGUGUUUAAAGCUCAUCCCUCGAAGGGAAAGAGUGCUAUCUUCGACGAGGCCGAUACCGAUGUCUUGCCGGUCUUUGACAAGGUCAUUUUUAUGGUGGUGGAUGCACUACGGAGUGAUUUUGUCUUCUCAAAUGAUUCCGGGUUCUUGUUCACUCAAAGCCUGAUUCGAGCGGGGGCUGUGUUACCUUUCACUGCUCAUGCUAGCGCUCCGACGGUGACAAUGCCCCGGUUAAAGGCAAUAACGACAGGGUCUGUCCCUUCGUUCCUAGAUGUGAUCCUGAACAUCGCCGAGUCAGAUACCACAUCGACUCUCGCAUACCAGGACACUUGGCUCGCACAGCUGAGGUCUCGAGGAGACCGGCUUGUCAUGUAUGGGGAUGAUACAUGGCUUAAACUUUUCCCGGGAAUGUUUGAGCGAGCAGAUGGAACCACGAGCUUCUUUGUCUCUGACUUUGUGGAAGUUGACCAAAACGUGACGCGGCAUGUUCCCUCAGAGCUUGCUGAAAGCGAUUGGUCCGCCCUGAUUAUGCAUUACCUGGGUCUAGAUCAUAUAGGUCACAAGGCAGGCCCAAGAAGCCCAUUCAUGCGAUCCAAGCAGCAGGAAAUGGACGCUGUAGUAAAAGACAUCUAUACAGCGAUGCAGCAAGAGCCCCAUCUCCAGUCUACACUGCUCGUCUUAUGUGGCGAUCAUGGUAUGAACGAUGCUGGCAACCAUGGAGGCUCAUCUGCCGGUGAAACCUCCCCGGCAUUACUAUUUGUCUCGCCAAAGUUUCAAGCACUGGGAAAUAGGUUGGAAAGCCCCGUGGAAGCCACGGAUGAAUUCCAGUACUACCGGUCGGUUGAACAGGCAGACAUUACUCCAACUUUAGCUGGACUUCUCGGUCUACCGAUUCCGCUGAAUAGCCUGGGUGUAUUUAUUCCCGAGUUUCUGAACAUGUGGGACUCCGAAUCACAAAAAUUGGACAUCUUAUAUCGCAAUGCUCGGCAAUUACUAAACACGGUCAAAGCUACAUUUCCAGGUGUCUCAUUCGACCAGGAUGACAUUGCUGCAAGCUGUGCAUCCGGUGCAGUCUCUGGUAUUGAAGGCGCUCGGUGUGCCUGGUUCCAAAUCAACCAGCUUUCCCAUGAUACACGGGUGGAGGAUGCGUUCGCCAUUAUUGGUCUCGCUUUACAACGAUUCUCACGGAAUGCUCAGGAGGUGAUGAGCAGUACCGCCAGUGACUAUAACGUUUCCAGGCUUGCGCUAGGCCUAUUAGUCACGGGCAGUGCGGUUUUGAUGCUCUUCCCUGCUGUGUACCAAGACUGCGCACGAUCGGCCUACGCGGGUGGGUUUUUAGGCUUCCUGGUGGUAAGUUAUGGAAGUAUGAUGUUUGCAAGCAGUUAUGUGGAAGAGGAGCAGCAGUUCUGGUAUUGGAUCUGCUCGGGGUGGAUUGUUUAUUUACAUAUCAGAUCGACACGCUUUCAACGCACCCACCGAAAUGGUGCAUUCAAUUGGACUAGCAUGGCCACGCUGGGACUUAUCGUGUCCCAGCGAAUCCUUCGACGUUGGAAUCAAACCGGCCAGAAGUUUACGGCUGAGCCAGAUAUCGCCCGCAGCUUCUUGCCUAGCCACCCCCUGUUUCUGUGGACUUUGGUGAUCCUCACGUACAUGGAUGUCGGCCGGGGUCUGUUUCUAAGCCUGCCGGCUGGUUUGCCACGACUGAUUGGGUUGGUUCUGCCAGCUCUGGCUUUCUGGUUCAAAUUGAACUUUGUGGCAAAUGACUCCCCUGAACUACUGGCUAAGUUCAUUUUAUCGCGGGCGCAAAAGUCGCUAGAUACCGUGCCAUUAGUUUUGCAGGCAAGGCUCGUCUUUGGCGGGAUUGCAUGUUGUAUCUUUCUGGCAAUUGUCACAUCAAGUCGGUCGAGGAGAGCAGUCGUAUCCAACAGGCUGGUCCACGAGGCGCUCAAUCUGUUUCUGAUGACGCAGUCCAGAGCCACCAACAUUCCAGUCUUUCUUUUGUUUCGUAUUCAAGGCCUUCUUUUGGCCCCGAUGGAUUUGAAUGGGUUCGAGGUGACUGUCCUGACGCUAAUGAUGCAGUACAUGACUUUCUUUGUGCUUGGGGGUUCGAACGCCAUUUCCUCCGUGGAUUUAUCAAGCGGAUAUAACGGAGUGGACAGCUAUAGCGCGACCAUGGUGGGAAUUCUGACUUUUGCUAGUAACUGGGCAGGCCCCAUCUGGUGGGUUUCGAUGGGAAACCUACUCCGAUCGCAUCAGACCGUAGGAUCUCACAGUCCGGCCGCGUUAUUCACGUUCCACGUCGCCAUGUCCCUCAUUUCCGUGAUGGCAGCUUGUACGGCUUUGAGGACCCAUCUGUUUAUCUGGACCGUGUUUUCGCCCAAAUAUCUGUACUCCAUAGCGUGGGCAACGGCCAACCAUGUUCUGGUAAAUGUGUUUGGUGGGAUUGGCCUUGCUACACUUCGGAAGCGACAAUAG